AUGCAUUCACAAGCUCCUGAGUUGGUUCCUUCUGACACUGGAUAUGCGAAUGUGAACUCAGUUUCUGCCUUCCCAGCUGACGAUUUACAAGAUAACUCCAUGAGGUUUGAUGAUUUUAUUACAUUGGACCCAACCUCAGAAAUUUCAAUGAACGAAGAAUCAAUAAAUCUUGCCAAAAAUUCUUACUCGGAUGGCCCCGUUCUGAGGGAUACUCUGCAUUCAGAGGAUGUUCCUGAAAUUCUAACGGAACUGGAUUCUAACUGUAGAAGAGGAGAAGCUUCUACAUCAUCAGAUCUUCUUCAAAAAUGCACAAGAUCUGCUACAGUUGAUGAAGAGAACAAUGAUGGCAAAUCGUCGGGAAAUCUAAACAAUGAUGGCAAAUCGUUGAGAAAGUUAAGGAAAAAAGUAUCUUUUCAACUUAUCGACGAGCCAGAUGGUGAGGUUAAUGAAAAUGGGGGCUUCUCUGGUGAACCUCCCACUGAUUCUAAUAUAGGCGAAGUUGAGGACCGUGAUGAUGAGGAUGAAUAUAGAGUGGAAAGUGAUGAGGAAUUUAGAGUGGAAAGUAUGUCCCAGAAGAAAAGGGCUCCUAGAAAGUCAAAGAAAUCUGGGGUUGAAAAUGGUAAACCCGUACAAAAGCGCAAGAAGGCCAAUGAAGCAGCUGACCAGUCGACCAAAGAACCUCCCAAAAAAUUUUCUCAUUCAACGCGUCGAAACAGGAGACAUGUGGAUAAGGUGUUACUUGAAACACCAGAGGAUGAAAUUGACCCUCAAAGGUUGCCUAUCAAGGAUCUCAUUUUGCUCGCUGAGUACAAGGAGCGACUAGCGAGCAAAGAGGCAGAAACGUCAAAAACACCCUUGACCAAUUUAAGGUCUUACAAUUCCUUUCCUAAGGAAUCAUCUUACAAUGGAGAGGCUACUUUUGUUUCAGAACAAGGCAGAGGUUCUGAUGAUCAACCAAGUUAUGAGGUUCCAACUGACCCUUUCAUUAAUUACCAGUCUUUCAUGGACAAAACUCCCAGUACAAGAUGGUCAAAACAAGACACAGAACUGUUCUAUGAGGCUGUUCGGCAGUUUGGGACAGAUUUUUCUAUGAUACAACAACUUUUUCCCGGUCGAACUCGUCAUCAAGUCAAGUUGAAAUUUAAGAAGGAAGAGCGUCAUCAUCCAAUACGGCUUUCUGAAGCCCUAACCAGUCGUGCUAAAGAUCAUUCCCAUUUCCAGUUGGUGAUUGAGCGGUUGCAGCAAGCUUCUCAGGCAGAAGAUGCUUAUGUAGAUGACGAGGUUGCAAGGACAGGCAAGGAGGAGGAGGAGAUAGUGGAAUUGACUACUCAAGCGAAGGAGGAAGUGGCAAAACCUGAGCAGGAUGGGGAAGUAGUCGUUGAAGAUCAUGAAGCAGAUUUGGGUGAAGUUCAUAGUCCUGCGAAGUCUGAUGUAGGCGAUGAUAACCUCUAUGACUGGAGUCAAUAUAAAAGUGAUUAUUAG